GCACUGCCGCCACACUUUGAGCAGACACUUUGUGCAUACAGUCAAGCAUCUCCAUAGAUCUGUUUUAAUCCACCAUGCUUCGCCAGCUCUUUCCUGGGCUGAUGAAUGUGACGCUGUGGCUAACAUGGCUGUGUUUAAUGGCCGGCGUGGUUGGUGGGGCCACCCCUCGUGACCUCCCCUGCCCAGACGGGAUUGACAUCCUGCCGUGUGUGUGCACUGCCCACGAAGAUUUAUCUAUGGACAUGAAUUGCUCGGCAGUAACAAGCUCUAAUCAACUUGCUUUGAUCUUCAGCAAACAUUUUCCAUUUAAUAAUUUCAAGAAUCUGUUCAUCAUUGGUAACACUGCCAUUCGAGCCCUAAGAUUUGGGGAUCUCGGUGACGCUACGUUUGAGAUGAUAACCAUCUCUGGCGGGACACUAGAGUCAGUGGUUAGCGGAGCCCUGACAAACAGUCACGACACACUUGUUCAUCUUGAUCUGUCAGAAAACCAUCUUAUUGAUUUUCCAUUUGAUGAAAUUGUUUCCUUUAAACGCAUUGAAACAUUAAAACUCAGAAAUAACGCUCUACAUACUUUUCCACACCUGACUUCCUCUACUUUGCGAUUUUUUUUUAUCGGCUACAAUCCCCUUAAAACAAUAAGCUCAUCGGCUCUCAAGAAUCUGCCUAACUUGGAACAGAUCGGCUUGCACUUCGCAGAAUUUUCCUCGGUGGAGCCAGGAACAUUCGUUGGCAUCCCCAAGCUUAGACUCGUGCACCUAGAGGGAAAUCAACUCACCACUCUGCGGGCUAACACUAUCAAAUUAACCGGUACGGACACUUGGGUCCAUCUCAACAGCAACAAACUCGUCAGUAUUGAAGUCAACGCGAUCUCGGGUGUGAUAAAAGAAGUGUGGAUCAACGACAAUCAACUGACAGAGCUGAAUGAAGACGUCUGGCGCCAAAUGUUUGAUGACGAUAUACAACUGUAUGCAAAAGAUAAUCCGUUCACCUGUGGCUGUGACAUAGCCUGGAUAGUUCUCAAUGUCAACUACCUGAACAACCUGAUAGAUGACCCAACUUGCGAAAGUAAGACUCCUAUUUCUGAUCUUGACCCGGUUAUCUUCAAUGAACUCUGCACCUAGUAGCUUCAGUCUCGGCCAGGCGGCCACUACUCCACACAUCUUGGAGCCUCAAAGCAGGCCAACUCCACGCACCAUCUCCUCUUCAUGUAUUUGUUUGUUAACUUAAAAAGUUUUUCCCCCAUCUAUCUAUCUAUCUAUCUGUUAUUAUUAUUAUUAUUAUUAUUAUUAUUAUUAUUAUUAUUAUUAUUAUUACUAUUAUUAUUAUUAUUAUUAUUAUUACUAAUAUUUUUU